UGCGAGACAGAGAUGGGAAUUUAAGUAGCCUGUCGGUACCUUGAGUGAUGACUGGACCUCAGUGACGGGAGGGGUGCUGACAGUACUACAAUGUAGUGACUUAUGUAGGCAGCUGACGGGCAGUGUUUCUCAACUCUGAGGGUGUGCAUUCAAUCGAGUGACGUAUUAGGAGCAGCCACCUGUACGCUCCAUAUGCGCUUAGCGACAGCUGUUCGAGAUCACAGCUUGAACGAUCACCAUAACAGCACACGACACAAUGGAGACGAUCGAGCGGACUCUCCGCCCUGUUCUUCAGCCUAUUACGCACAAUCUCCCAAAGCCAUUGAGCGAUGUAGCGGCGCAAUUGCUUGGCCCGGUGUGCUACGCAUCCCUUGUUGACAACAUCAACAUAACCGAUGCGGAAUGUAUGAAGCUGGCCAUCUCGAAAGCACUCGGGAUAGGCAUCAUCGGCGCGAGCUCCAUCGUAAAGAUCCCGCAGCUCCUCAAGCUUCUCAACUCCCAAUCAGCGGAGGGGAUUAGCUUCUUGUCCUACCUUCUGGAGACUGCGAGUUACCUGAUCACGUUCAUCUACAACGUGCGGAACCAGUUCCCCUUUAGCACGUACGGGGAGAUCGCAUUGAUCGCCAUCCAGAAUGUUGCGAUCAGUGUGCUGGUGUUGCAGUAUAGUGGAAGAGCAGCAGCAGCAGGUGUGUUCAUUGCGGGCUUAGCUGGGGCGGCGUUUGCGCUCUACAGUAAUAGCAUUACCUCGAUGGGUAUGCUACAGUACUUUCAAGCCGGCGCUGGUAUACUGGGUGUAGCAAGCAAGUUGCCACAGAUCCUUACGAUCUUUCGGGAGGGCGGCACUGGACAGCUGUCCGCGUUUGCAGUAUUCAAUUACCUCGCAGGCUCCCUUUCCCGCAUUUUCACCACUUUGCAGGAGGUGCCUGACAGACUCAUCCUGUACGGUUUCAUUGCCGGCUUUGUGCUCAAUGCUGUGCUUGCGGCGCAAGUGGUGUACUACUGGAACAGUCCCAAGAGCAAGAGUACGCCGCAGAGCAAGCUUCAGCCGAGCGGACAGGAAGCAGCGAAAAGCGCUGCAGGCAUGAAUGGCCAAGCGUCAAAGGGCACGGCAACAGGCACAGAUAAGAGCAGAACUACGCCAAGCACUCGGCGUAGAGGGUAGCUUUGUCCUGCUCUAUAACUUUUGGUACCACUGUAUCUCCUUUUCGCUAGCCAGUCCGGCGGGAGUACAUGUGGCGAUUGCUGAGGAUGAACCUACUGUCCCGUCAAUUAGGCGGUAGAAUCCGACCUCUGCACUCGCCGAACCCAAGCGCAAUGCCACCUUUCCCAUCAUCACACCACCCUUCCAGGAUGAUCUCGUCCCCGUCCUCAAGGUACCCAUCCUCAUACUUUCCACUGCUCUGUGGCAAGAUCUUUGUCUUUGUCCGCUCUGCUUCAUACAAGCAGCCUAGUUCCGCUUUCUCGCCCUGUUCAUUGCGACCUGACCCGGAGAUUGUUCCAGUGCCGAUCAGAUCACCCGUUUGCAUUCCACACCCGCUUGCCGCAUGAU